CGCAUGACUCUGUUAAAAAGGCAUUCUUUUUAGAUCUGCUGUUUUAAUGCAAUGGAAAAGUCCCCAAACUGGAACGGCCGCAUUGGUUUGGAUAGAAGAGAGCGUGUUGGUGUUUUAAUUCAAAGGCUUGAUUAGCCUUCGUGCACGGAUACACUUACCGAGCAGCGGGGGGAUUCUGUCUCGCUGUAUUUAAAGAAGCGCUUCGAUGCAUUUAAUAACUGCGUAUCAAUGUGUUUUUAUUUAUUUAUUUCAUUUAAAACACACAGCAACACGACACGGUUGUUUUUCUGUUGCCAAACCCCGCCUCGCUGCACAGUGUUUGUGAACUCAUUUCAUAGCUCCGCUAGUCUGACUUCCUGCAGUUUUCAGUUUCGUUUCUCCAGCUUUCUCCCUGACGGACAGCAGCGAUGGCGACAGCGGCGUCUCCAGAGGAGAAGUUCUCCUGCUCCGUGUGUCUGGACCUCUUCACCGAGCCCGCAACCAUUCCGUGCGGACACAGCUUCUGUCUGGACUGUAUCGGGAGCUACUGGGACCAGAGUGACCAAACCGGCGUGUACAGCUGCCCCCAGUGCCGGGAGACUUUCACUCCCAGGCCCGUUCUGCGCAAAAGCAACGUCCUUAACGAACUGGUGGAGGAAUUGAAGAAAACGAGAAGACUCGACUCGAAAAGGGAACCCCCCGCUCCCGCUCCUGUCUCUGCUGAGCUCGGAGACGUGCCUUGUGAUUUCUGCCCCAGCGAGAUAAAGCGCAGAGCGGUCAGGUCGUGUUUGAUGUGCCUGUGCUCGUACUGCGAAGCGCACCUGCAGCCACACUACGAGACCGCGGGGUUGAAGAGGCACGCGCUGGUCCAGCCUCUCAGAGAUUUGGAGCAGAAGCUUUGCAAACAGCACCAGAGAUUGCUGGAGCUUUACUGCACAACCGAUCAGAGUUGUAUCUGCGCGCUGUGCAUAGACAGCGACCACUCGGACCAUUCAAUUGUCUCAUCAGCGAAAGGGAGGGCGGAGAAAAAGAAGGAGCUGGGGGAGAGACAGGCAGAAAUAGAAAAUCUCAUUGAAGAGAGACUGAAAGAGCUGGAGAGACUGAAUCAGGCUGUGGAGUCUCUCAAGCUCUCGGCACACAAGGAAAGGGCUGAAAGCGAGCAGGUCCUGUCUGAGCUGAUCCGCUCCAUUGAGAGAAUCAGGACAGAGGUGGGAGAGCUGAUUGGAGCUAAAGAGAAGGCUGCAGUGAGUCUGGCCGACGAGCAAAGGGAACAACUGGAGCAGGAGAUCCAGAAGCUGAGAAAGAGGAAGGCUGAGAUGGAGCAGCUUUCUGAGACAGAGGAUCACAUCCACUUUCUGCAGAGUUUCCAGUCUGUCUGCGCCCCUCCUGCUGCUCAGCAGCUCUUUGAUAACAUAGACGACUCUUUCUGGACUCUGAGGAAAGCUGUGUCUCGACUCAAAGACCAUGUUGAGGGAUUCUGGAAGGUGGAGUUGAUGAAAGCAACUAUAGCAGUUGACGUGACUCUGGACCCUGAUACAGCACAGGCCUAUCUCAUCCUGUCUAAGGAUGGAAAACAAGUCAACCAUGGGAAUAUACGACAGCCUCUCCCUGAGAAUCCAAAGAGAUUUGAUAUGAAGAUCUAUGUCCUGGGCAGGGAGGGCUUCACCUCAGGGAGACACUACUGGGAGGUGGAGGUAGGGGAGAAGAUAUACUGGGCACUCGGAGUCACCAGAGAGUCUUCUCAGAGGAAGUGGUCUUUCACUGUGAAACCCCAGCAGGGAUUCUGGGUUAUUAGGUGGAAUGAAGAAAAUAAUCAGUUCAGUGCUGUCACUGACCCCCGGACUCCCCUCCCCAUGAGCCCGAAGCCCCGGAAGCUGGGGGUGUAUCUGGAUUAUGAGGGAGGGCAGCUCUCCUUUUACAAUGUGGAGACCAGAUCUCACAUCUACACUUUCACUGACACCUUCACUGAGAAACUCUAUCCAUUCUUUUGUCCUGGUCUUUAUUAUGAUGGUAAAAACGCAGCUCCACUGAUCAUCUGCCCGCAUAUCUGCACAGAUUAAUACAGAUUACCAGCACGAGGAACAUGAUCACUGGUCCCUCCUUUCUUGUGUUGAAGAAAUUAGAUUGCCUUGUUUUUUUAAUACUUUUUUGAGACAUGCAAGUAUUUAAAAGAAAAAAAAAGAUUGCUAAAGCUAAACUGAGCAAAGAACGUUGAUUUACACCCUUGUUUAGCGCAAGAAAAACAGUUACUACUUACUACUAAAAAACGAAUAUCUUGUCCCAUUUUGUCCACCAGGUGGGGGUGUUGCUCUGUGUAAGAUGAAUAAUAACACUUGUUUAUUGUGAGUUUUUAUUUUUGAGAGACUGCAUGAAUGAAAUAAAUGUAAUUUACUAUACAA